UUGCUAGUGCCUCCUCAGAUAAUAUUUGUUGGACCCAAUUAUAGCUGUGUUGUUAAUGUAGGAGAAAAUACACAACGAAACUUCAUUGAAUCAAGUAUUACGUGCAAAAAAAUAAAGGAUAUUUUAUUUACACGUAUUACACAACAUACAUUUCUAGGACUCCCUGGACUUUUAUUAACAUAUGAGACUUCAACACAUCAUUCCCAGGACAAUUCUUGUCAAAAUAAUUCCAAGUGGGAUACUUGGACCCGUUUUCAGGGACCAGUAGAAUCGUCAAGAUCUUUUAAACGUGAAAAAGUAUGUACUUGUCAACCGACAUGCGUAUGUUCUGUAAUUCGGCUCUGGGGACCUCCUCCUCUAUACGACAUGUUUAUGUCAAUCUGCUCACAAAUCGCAACUUUCAAAUAUCUUAAUUUAGAACUUCAUGAAAUUUUUCCCACCUUGUUUCCAUCGCUACGUGUUCGUUUAACACCAGUAUCACAGUCGGAUGAUCUAGUUUUCACAUUUUGGACCGUUGACAUACAAAAAUGUAGUACCGAUUGUAAACGUAGAAAAUGCUUGGAAAACGCCAUUCAAAAAGAUACUCAAUUCAUUAUGCUGAUUAAUGUGACGUAUCCUUCCCAACAAGGAAAGUUAAACGUAAAACAUGCAUCAGCACUUAAGAUUCCACCUGGACCUCUUUUUAAACGCCUCAAAGAAGGAAACAAUAUUGAGUUAUGCGAUGGACGACUAAUCACUCCAGAUAUGGUCUGCGAAAAAGCUAUACCGGAAUUUGAAACAUUUAUUAUUGAUAUACCAUCGGAUAACUUUCUUGAAACGGCUCGUGAUUUCAUUUUUCAUACUAACAAGGAAAAUUUUCAAGACCAUUGCAUAAUAUAUAAUAUGAGCAACGUUAGCCUUAAUGGUUUGGAUCAAAAUGAACUCGGUUUACAGAUGAUUGAUUCGUGUGAUAAAGAGCUAAAUGUUAUGUAUCAACCUUUUAAAACGUAUCAAUCUUUUUUUCAACUCCUUCAAUAUAUAACGCCUUUCUUUUGUUCCUCCCUUCUUUCGGACUCCACACAAAGCGUAACACCAGAUCCAACUAAAGCGUUAUCGCAAUAUAUUAUCUAUCCCUUUUCAAAACGAGGCCUCCACAGUGUUAACGAUAACAUAAAACAUCGCCACGAUAAGUAUUCAAUAAAUAAAUUACUUCAACUUCCAGAUAUAAUGGAAAAAGUUUUAUCUUGUCAAAAUCUUUUCAAAGAUACUUACAAAGACAACAAAAGCGCAGAACAUUCUACUACUCUACAAGAUAAUUGUUUCAUUCAAUUCCUAGGAACUGGAGCUGCGAUGCCUUCUAUAUACCGCAAUGUUUCAAGUACGUUCAUUUCAAUCAAAACGCCAUCUUUCAAUAAAGGGAUAUUGUUAGAUUGUGGAGAAGGCACACUCUCUCAAUUACUUCAAUUUUCAUCUUCAAUAGAAGAAUUUCAAGAAAACAUAAAACACAUUAACGUUAUUUUUAUCUCGCAUCGACACGCAGAUCAUCAUCUUGGCUUAUUAAGCAUUUUAUCUCUUCGGGCGCAAUGGUUUUCUAACACACGUCCUAUUUUAGUGUAUGGUCCUCCAUUUCUUUAUCAAUGGCUUGCACAUUGGAAAGUUCAUAUGAAAAAUUUCAAUUAUCAUUUUGUUUGUUGUUCGGAAGAGAAAACUAUAUGUGUUUGUUCUCAAACUAACGAAUGUCCAUUUUCCAUUAAUCUUCAAGUGACACAAGUGGAUCAUAUGGGAUGUCAUUCUUUAAAAAAGGAUCUAAACGAAGAAUGUUACGGAGUCCUUUUAAAAAUUGAAAAAAAAGAUCCUACUACUCCUACACAAAUUUUAAAAAUUGUUUAUUCGGGCGAUACGCGACCAUGCCCAAAUCUUAUACAUCUUAGUGACAAUUGUGAUAUCUUAAUACAUGAAGCUACCUUUGAAAACGGCUUACAAAAAGAUGCUGAAGCAAAACGUCACUCUACAUUUGAAGAAGCCUUGAUGAUAGGAAAACAAUCUAAAGCUAAAUUUAUACUGCUAACACAUUUCAGUCAACGCUAUCCUAUUAUUCCUAUGAUUUCAAACAAUUUAUGGAAUUUCGCAUCCGUUUUUGACGGUUUGAAAAUACCAGUGAACGUCAUCUUGUCACCAACCAUCGCUGAAAAGUUUUCGAAAGCUAUGUUUGAGCUUUCUGCUCUUCUUCACAUGCUUGAGGAUUAAAAUUUAUUCACGUUGCAUGCUGCAUGAUUAACUUGUUAAAAAAUAACUUUUAGAUUUCACAAAAAACAUCUCUACUUUUAUUCAACACAUUUUUUUUACAUUAAAUCUAUUCAUUUUUCUUUCUAAUCGUUAGUAAUUCACACUAUACAAAAAAAAAGUCAAAUA